UUACCUUCCAUAGAUCGCAGAUUGAGCUUCGAUCUCCUCAUUGGGAUCGGUUCUUCCGGCGAUUUAGAUUCUUCGCACUAUUUUUAGAAAUCGGCGCCGUUUGGUGGAUUAUGAAAUAGUUGGUCUCUGUGAAUGACAAUUCCUACUUUUCCGGCUUAGCUGAAGGAACUAGUGUGGAGACCCAGCUGAACUCCUUCUCCUUUGGAAGUAGCUAUGCUACCCACUGGAGCUAAAGAUAGUCAAUCCCGAGAGAACAACAAUCAAAAGGUCCACCCCCAACCCAUGGAAGAGGCCAGGAAUCAGAACCCAGAAGCCGUGGAAUCCCUUAUCUCCAAUAUCUUCACGAAUAUUUCUUCCUUGAAAUCAGCUUAUAUCCAGCUCCAGUCUGCUCACACUCCCUACGACCCUGAUAAAAUCCAGGCAGCUGAUAAGCUUGUGGUCUCCGAGCUUAAGAACCUCUCUGAACUUAAGCACGCUUACAGGGAGAACAACCCGAAACCACUCUGUGUCUCUCCCCAGGACUCUCGCUUGGCUGCUGAAAUCCAAGAACAGCAGAGCCUUCUGAAAACCUAUGAGGUCAUGGUGAAGAAGUUCCAGUCUGAGAUUCAGAAUAAAGACUCAGAGAUUCUCCAGCUGCAGCAGCAGAUUGAGGAAGCAAAUGUGAAGAAGGCGAAGCUCGAAAAGAACCUCAAGCUCAGGGGCCUGUCGAGCAAAGAAUCGGAUGCUCCGGGCCAUGUAAAUGGGUUCUUUCCUGUGGAUCUAACCCCUGAUCUCUUUCUCUCAGCUGUUGAAGCUGCUUCCAAAGCCAUUCAUGAUUUUUCCAAACCACUGAUCAAUAUGAUGAAAGCGGCGGGCUGGGACCUUGAUGCUGCAGCGAAUUCUAUCGAACCGAAUGUUAUCUAUGCAAAGAGAGCUCACAAGAAGUAUGCAUUUGAGUCGCACAUAUGCCAGAGAAUGUUCAGCAGUUUCCAGCAGGAAAGUUAUGGGAUCGACUCAGAUGCCCAUUUGGUCGAUAAGGAGAGCUUCUUCCACCAAUUUCUUGCCUUGAGGGAGAUGGAUCCACUGGAUGUUCUUGGGCAGAGCCCAGAUUCAAAUUUUGGGAAGUUUUGCAGAAGCAAGUACCUCUUGGUGGUACAUCCAAAGAUGGAGGCUUCAUUCUUCGGAAACUUGGAUCAGAGGAAUUUCGUGACUGGCGGGGGCCACCCUAGGACUCCCUUCUAUCAGGCCUUCUUGAAACUGGCCAAAUCAAUCUGGCUCUUGCACAGGCUGGCCUAUUCCUUUGAUCCAAAUGUCGUGGUCUUCCAGGUGAAGAGCGGGAGCGAGUUCUCAGAAGUUUACAUGGAGAGUGUGGUGAAGAAUCUGGUAAUGGAUGAAACUGAUGAGAGGCCAAAGGUGGGCCUGAUGAUUAUGCCUGGUUUCUCAAUUGGGGGAAAUGUGAUUCAGAGUCAGGUUUACCUCUCAGGCGUGAGGUUUCUGAAUGAGUGAGGUGUUCGCCCUACAUGGUGACAUUGUGCAUAUUGUAUGUUUUCCUUGAAUGUUGUCUGUUAUGAUAUAAAAUGUCUUAUGUAAUUGCUAUAUCAGCUCAUUUUCUAUUUAAUGCGGGUUCACGGGGUUGCAGGACAGGUUUAUGGAUCCACUCUCUGUAAUUGAACCUGUUGUUUGAGAUUGUGCAGUAAGAUACAUUAUAUUAGUCUUGGCAUCAA